UAAACAAUCCAUGAUAUCAAAAUAUUAUCUUGAGUAAAGUCCUUCAAGUUCCCAUGUCAGCAGUGUCUUUAUUAUAUCACCCGUAUCAUGGUUGAGUCAUCCAACAAAAUGCUCAAGAUUCACUUCCUACUUUUCAUCCCUUUAAAUACCACCUCCUUCUAAUACAAAGGGACUGAUCUAACCAAGUGAGCCUAGCUUCCUUGCAAUCUACUAGCUAUCUUUAUUAAUCAAUCAAUAUGCAGACCUCACUUCUUCACGAGCUAAUUGUUGGAACUCCAAUCAUACAAAAUCAGUUUCAAAAAUCGAAUAACAGAUACUUGCUCGAUUCAGCCUCUCAUCAAUAUCGAUAUCCAUCCAAAGAUCUAAGAAAAAGUAGAGUAGUAAGUUCUAACCAGAAAAAGCGCAGCAGGAAGGCCGAUAGUAAUUCUGAAAUUUCAGUGACAAACAUAUCUGAAACUAUAAAGAGAAAGUUAAGCUUAGGGGCUCGAAUUCUUCAAGUGGGUGGAGUGGAGAAAGUGUUCAUGAAGUAUUUUAGUAUGAUCGAGGGGGAGAGGCUGUUGAAAGUUUGCCAUUGUUAUCUGUCGACCACAUCUGGCCCUCUAGCUGGUCUCCUCUUCAUCUCCACUGAAAAGGUUGCCUUUUGCAGUGAGAGAUCAAUAAAAGUGUUUAAUAAGAAAGGGCAAAUGUGUAGGAUCCACUAUAAGGUUUCCAUUCCAGUGAAGAAGAUAAAGAGUGUGAGGCAAAGUGAAAAUGUUGAGAAGCCAAGACAGAAAUACAUAAAUAUAGUUACAGUUGACAACUUUGAUUUCUGGCUAAUGGGUGUAUCAAAAUAUCACAAGACUUAUAAAUAUCUCGAACAGGCAACUUCUCAAGCAAUGAUAUACAGCAGCAAGCAAUGAAAUGGAAGCUGUAAUUGAAGAUAUGAUAUGAGCAUUGAUAACAGAUGCACAUGGUUCAUUCAUAUCAGCUCAGAUGCAAACUUCGGUUUCAAUACAUUGUUGAUGCAAGAGAUCAUUUGGGGCGUGCUUUGUAACAAACACCAAAAAGUGGCAGUUAGAUAUGUAAAUAGAAAGAAUGAAGAAAACUGUUAGAAGUUUAAGCUCCAGACUCAAUUACUUGACGAAUUAUUUACGUGCAAGUUCUCAGGAACUUUCGAUAUUCAGACCAUUCAAAUAUUUACAAUAAAUUGUCUAGAAUUUAUUCACAUGGGAAUCUUGUUCCACAACCGCAUCAGGCCGCAAUUACAUUGUGAUUUUAAAAUCACAGGUCCUGCCGAAUUAGGAACUCCAUCAAACAAUUUCGUCAUGGUUUCUUUAAGUAUUUUCAUAAAACUCAUAGUUUCAUAACCCCAAAACUCAAUUUACUUAUGAGGUAAUGAAAAAUCUGAACAUUAAAUGUUUUUCAACAUUGUAUUUAAAACUCUUGUUAAUCAAAAUUCACACUGCAAUGACCGCAAUACGUAUCUCAACAACCACAAUGACCGCAAACGUAUGGUCCACAUCCGCUACCGCAACCGCAAUUUAAAUUCGAAUUAGGCUUUCUUUUGCUUCCAUGCUUGAAUUGCAUUAUAAUCCACAGUUUUUUUGCAUUGCUUCGUGCUAGGUUUAUUCAACAACAUCAAUGGAAUCUAAAUGAUCCCAACGUUGUGACUAUUGGUGAUCAGUGUGAAGUCUUUAUAUGACCAUUGUGAGCAUCCCUCUUUUGUAUCUUCUUUUGAUUAAUUAUUAAUUUAAGUAUUAGGAAUAUAAAUUUCUUUUGAUUAAUUGGGUUAUUUCUUUUGAUUAAGUUGUGAGCAUCCCUUUUUUUUCUUUCUCUUUUGUACCAUUAUGCUACUAACUUCAUGAGAAAGAAAAAUCAUAGAAAGGUAGAAAACAUGGUGUCAGAAUUGUUAAAUUGACUUAGUUUAGAGACUAAUUUCAUAUAAUGGAACAUAAUGAAGAGAGAAAAAUGUCGUUGCAAAGGAUUUAAAUUUAAGAGAAAUAGAGUAGCUGCUGCUUUAGUGGAACAGGAUCCUGUGU